CCGCCGCAGACCUACACCAGCCGGGAAACGAGCGGCCACCUCCGCCACUUGAGCGCAGCCCGGACGCGAGCGAGAGGCUGAGCGGGUCCGGGCGCCGCCGCUGCCGCCAUGGGGAACUACGUGUCCCGAGAGGACUUCGAGUGGGUCUAUUCGGACCAGCCGCACGCCGACCGGCGCCGCGAGAUCCUGGCAAAGUAUCCAGAGAUCAAAUCCUUGAUGAAACCUGACCCCAACCUGAUCUGGAUCAUAACUGGGAUGGUUCUCAUCCAGUUGGUUUCCUUCUACUUAGUGAAAGACUUGGACUGGAAAUGGGUCAUAUUUUGGUCUUAUGUCUUUGGCAGCUGCCUUAACCACUCAAUGACUCUGGGGAUCCAUGAGAUUUCUCACAAUUUCCCCUUCGGCCACCACAAAUCGCUAUGGAAUCGCUGGUUUGGAAUAUUUGCUAACCUCCCUUUGGGAGUUCCAUAUUCCAUUUCUUUUAAGAGAUACCACAUGGACCACCAUCGAUACCUGGGAGCUGAUGGCAUCGAUGUGGAUAUUCCUACCAAUUUUGAGGGCUGGUUCUUCUGCACCGCUUUCAGGAAGCUUGUCUGGGUUGUCCUUCAGCCUCUCUUUUAUGCUUUUAGACCCCUAUUCAUCAAUCGCAAACCAAUUACUUCUCUGGAAAUCAUCAAUACUGUGACCCAGAUCAUUUUUGACAUUAUAGUUUACUAUGUUUUUGGAAUUAAAUCUUUAGUCUACAUGUUGGCGGCAACCCUGCUUGGCCUAGGUUUGCACCCAAUUUCUGGGCAUUUUAUAGCCGAACAUUACAUGUUCUUAAAGGGACACGAAACAUACUCAUAUUAUGGGCCUCUAAAUUUACUGACCUUCAAUGUAGGCUACCAUAAUGAACACCAUGACUUCCCCAGUGUUCCUGGAAAAAACCUGCCCCUGGUGAGGAAAAUAGCAGCUGAAUACUACGAUAAACUCCCCCAAUACAACUCCUGGGUCAAAGUACUGUAUGAUUUUGUGAUGGAUGACACACUGAGUCCCUACUCACGGGUGAAGAGGCCUCCAAAAGGGAAUGAGAUGCAAGAGUAAAUAUCACAGCCAAAGGAAUUCUCUGCACAGUUUCAUAAUAGCUGAUAAAGUGGAAUUUUUAUCUUGUUAAGCUUAAGAUGAGAAAUGCUCAGAAGCUGCACUGUCGUAAUUUCCAGCCAGGAUCUCGGCGGCAUCAAAAGCUACUCAGUCUUCAGUCAAGUCUUGCGCUCGCCUGUACUCAUGCAUUGUAUUACUGUUACUAAAGGUGCCUCCACCUGUGUCUGUCAUUCUGUAAGCAUAUCAUGAAAAGCUUAUUAUGUUAUUUUGCACUAUAAAGUUUUGCUUUAUUAAAACACCUAAUAAACUGAA